CCAAAAUCCGACACCGAUAAUGUCGGUGGUUUCUUGGUUUGGUUUGGGGCGAAACAAACUCACCAUGUCCGCCACUGCGACCACAAGAACAACAUGUUUUUCCUCGAAAACCCAGCAAGUGUCCCAAGUUCGUGCCUCUGUGAGGAACAAGAUAACCAAAAACAGUGUGCAAAUUCGAGAAAAGGAGCAUGUACCCGAAAUUGAAGACCACAAAUUCCCCACUAUGCAGAAGUUUGGCCUCUCUGAGAUUGAAGGGUCUGCAUACACAGGAGCAAAUGAAUUGGCUAGUUGUAGUGAAUCACCUGCUCACUGGGAAAAGGUGCUUGAAGGGAUUCGGAAAAUGAGGGGUUCUGCAGAUGAAUCAGUAGACACUAUGGAAUCUGAGAAAGCUGGUGAUACUCUACCUCCUAAGGAAAGAAGAUUUGCUGUCCUGGCAUCUUCCCUUUUAUCAAGCCAAACUAAGGAGCAUGUUACUCGUAGAGCAACUCAAAGUCUUCGUCAAAAUGGUCUGCUUACUGCUGAAGCAAUCAACAAAGCUGAUGAAGAAACCAUCAAAAAGUUAAUUUACCCUGUUGGGUUUUAUACAAGAAAAGCCAGUAACUUGAAGAAAAUUGCAAAUAUUUGUCUCAUUAAGUAUGAUGGAGACAUACCUAGCUCAAUUGAGGAACUUCUCUUACUUCCAGGCGUAGGUCCUAAGAUUGCUCAUUUGGUUAUGAUUGUUGGAUGGAACAAUGUCCAAGGGAUAUGUGUAGAUACUCAUGUCCACCGCAUUUGCAAUCGGCUUGGAUGGGUUUCAAGAUCAGGCACAAAACAGAAAACUUUGACACCGGAAGAAACAAGAAAGGCGCUGCAACUGUGGCUUCCUAGGGAAGAAUGGGUUCCAAUAAAUCCACUUUUGGUAGGAUUUGGACGGACAAUUUGUACUCCUGUGAGGCCUCACUGUGGAGAGUGUGGUGUAAGUAGCUUCUGCCCAUCAGCGUUUAAGGAGACUUCAAGCCCUUCUUCCAAGUCCAAUAAGUCUGGACUGAACAAGAAGCUUGAAUCAAACUGAUUCUUUUGUUUCAUGUUUGAAACGAUUCAUCAUUCUCUUUAACCUCAGAUACAUAAGCAAAGAAUUUGGCUGUGAUCAAAUUAUUGUGAGGUUAAAAUUGAAAACAUUCGUGUAUCUCGAGAUGUAAGUUUUGAAGUACUCAUAUUCAAGCAAUUUGAUAUUUUAA